AGAGGAUGGAGAGCUAGAGGAUGGUGAAAUCGAUGAUGCAGCCUAUGAAGAUGUGAAAGAACAUGGCCCAAAGGGUGAGGACAAGCAGAAGAAUGAAAAAGGACAUAGGAAAUCCAGGAAGAAACGCAAAAAAGAGAAGGAAAAGAAAAAGUCCAAAAGGAGGAGGCGGGAUAAGCACAAGCAUAAUUCCCCUUCCAGUGAUGACAGUUCAGACUACAGCCAUGACUCUGACAUUGAGAGGAUAGAACGACCCCAUAAGAAGAGCAGUAGCUCUUCAUACAGAGACUAUGAUUCUUCCUUCAGCCAGCACGGGCACGUGUCAGGAAACUACAUGAGUUCACAGAAAAUGCAGCAUAAAAAAAAUGUCAAGAGCAAAGAGUAUGAUGACUACAGUCAUUACAGCAAUGAAAACUUUGGUAAUUAUAACGAGGAAGAAAAGGAUGAAGAUUUUGCUGAUCAACUUAAACAAUACAGGCAAGCUAAAGAGACCUCCAGUAGUGAUUUAGGACCUCCAUUCCCCAAAGAACCAGUGAAAAAACAGGGGAUGAAAGGCAUCCAGAAAGGUAUUUCUCAAAGAGGUAAUAAUUACAAUGUUGGUCAAGGGCGUGGGAUGCAGAAGAAAUUGAAGCGUAAAGAUCGUGGAAGGGGAAGAGGGGGCAACAAAGGAUCUGAUGGCUUCCAUGAGGAUGGCAAACCAGUGAAGAAAUGGGUUAAUAUGAGCCAGGAGUUCAUCAACCAGCACACAGUGGAACACAAAGGCAAACAAAUCUGUAAAUAUUUCCUGGAAGGGAGGUGUAUCAAGGGAGAGCAGUGUAAAUUUGAUCAUGAUGCAGAGAUUGAGAAGAAGAAGGAGAUCUGCAAGUUUUACAUACAGGGUUACUGCACCAAAGGAGAGAACUGCAUUUAUUUGCACAAUGAAUUCCCUUGCAAGUUCUACCACACAGGAGCAAAGUGCUAUCAAGGAGAUAAGUGCAAGUUUUCUCAUGCUCCCCUGACUGCAGAAACGAAGGAGCUGUUGGAUAAG